UGUUCAAGCAUGACUUCCUGUUUCACAAGGAUAUAAAUAUGAGGUGACACAUAGGUCAAAUUCCCUUAGUCAUUCAUAACAACGGGUAAGAGCGAGGAAUGUAGCUGUGAUGUGCGGCAAAAGGUUGUUGAGCUUCACACAAUGGGGCGUGUCUAUAAGAAAAUAGCACAAGCAUUGAAAACGCCCAUUUCCACCAUCAGGGCAAUGAUUAAGAAGUUCCAGUCGACUGGAAAUGUUAUGAAUCGACCUGGAAUUGGACGUGUGUCUAUAUCGUCUCAACGCACUGUGAAGAGGACGGUUCGAGUGGAUAAAAAUCUCCAAGGAUCACAGCUGGAGAACUGCAGAAGUUAGUUGUGUCUUGGGGUCAGAAAGUCUUCAAAACUACAAUCUGAAGUCACCUCCAUCACCACAAGCUGUUUGGAAGGGUUUCAAGAAAAAAGCCUCUACUCUCAUCCAAAAACAAACUCGAGCGUCUUCAGUUUGCAGACACGACUGGAACUUCAAAUGGGAUCGGGUUCUAUGGUCAGAUGAAACCAGAAUAGAGCUUUUUGGUAAAAAACACCAGAGGUGGUUUUGGAGAACACAGAGAGGUAGCCAUAUGGAAAAGUACCUCAUGUCCACGGUUAAAUAUGGAGGUGGAUCUUUAAUGUUUUGGGGCUGUUUAGGAUACAUGGCAUCAUGGACUCCAUCAAAUAUCAACAGAUAUUAAAUGAAAACCUGAUUGCCUCUGCCAGAAAGCUUCAAAUGGGCUGUGGUUGGAUCUUCCAGCAGGACGAUGAUCCAAAACAUCAUCAAAAUCAACACAAAAAUGGUUUACUGACCACAAAAUCAAGGUCCUGCCAUGACCCUCCCAGUCCCCUGACCUGAACCCCAUAGAAAACCUGUGGGGUGAACUGAAGAGGAGAGUCCACCAGCGUGGACCUCGAAAUGUGAAGGAUCUGGAGAGAUUCUGUAUGGAGGAACGCUCUCAGAUCCCUCGCCAUGUAUUCUCCAACCUCACCAGGCGUUAUAGGAGAAGACUCAGAGCUGUUAUCUCGGCAAAGGGAGCUAGCACAAAGUAUUGACUAAAAGGGUGCCAAUAAUUCUUGCACACCUACACACACAUAUAUAAUUUGAUAAACCUGUGUUUUGUUUGACAUCCAUGAGAGCAGAGUAUUUUUGUGAUUUUUUAACAAAAGAUCAAAAGGUUCAACAAUAAAGACAAUUUUCCACAGCCUUCACAGCUCAUAUUUACAAGGGUGAUUUACCAGGCCAGCAUGGCCAUAGAAGAGGCGGAGUUUAGGACCCUGCGGCCCGGCCUGUACAAUAGGACUGUUGUGUGCUGGUGGAAAAGAGGCUGCAGCUUUUUUCGCGUGUUGACAUUGUGUAACUGAGCAAAUCUUAAUAAUUCACAUAAUUCUGGACUUCUAACGCGAGGAGGACUAUCCGAAGCUCUUACUGAGUUGAUCAGAGCUGGAUUUGGGGUGUAAGGAAUGAGAUUUGGAUGACGGACGCCGGCUGAGAGAAUACACUCGCGUGCUCCACGGCUUGAAAUUUAUGGAUACAUCAGGAUGAAACGACUCAGGACUUCAAGCAGUAGUGACAGUUCAGACAAUGAGAGUCCCUCAACGUCCUUCUCUACGAAUCAGUAUGGCAGUAAAUCCGGAACCCCCGCCUCGGCUCAGAAAAAACCAGCGGAGGUGUUCAGGAAAGACCUGAUCAGUGCGAUGAAGCUGCCCGACUCUCACCACAUCUCUCCUGACGAUUAUUACCUGCUGGCUGACACCUGGAGGCAGGAAUGGGAGAAAGGAGUGCAGGUCCUGGCUAGUCCUGAUACCAUCCCCCGUCCCUCUGUCAGGAUCAUGACGGAGAGGCCGAAGGAGAUUCUGUUCUCCAGACCGAGGAAGUACAUCCAGUGCUGGAGUCAGGACUGCACGGAGACGGGCUACGUGAACAUUAAGGAGCUGGCCGAGGCCAUGUGCAGGUACGACCUGGACGACACCGACCUGUACUGGCUACGACACCUCAACCUGGAGCUGCUGCACAUGGGGGAAGCGAUGGUGGACGAGUUGACCAUGGAGCGAACGAUGGAGGCUCUUGAAAGAAAGUGCCAUGACAACAUGAACCACGCCAUCGAGACGGAGGAAGGGCUGGGCAUCGAGUACGACGAGGACGUGAUCUGUGACGUGUGUCGCUCCCCCGACAGCGAGGAGGGCAACGACAUGGUCUUCUGUGACAAGUGCAACAUCUGUGUUCAUCAGGCUUGUUACGGCAUCGUGAAAGUUCCGGAUGGAAACUGGCUGUGCAGGACCUGUGUUCUCGGCAUCGACCCGCAGUGUAUACUCUGUCCCAAAAAGGGAGGAGCGAUGAAGGCCACGCGAGCAGGAACGAAGUGGGCGCACGUCAGCUGCGCUCUCUGGAUACCCGAGGUGAGCAUCGCAUGUCCAGAGAGGAUGGAGCCCAUCACUAAACUGUCUCACAUUCCACCCAGCCGCUGGUCUCUGAUCUGUAGCCUCUGCAAGAUCAAAACCGGGGCCUGCAUACAGUGUUCGGUGAAGAACUGCACCAUCCCUUUCCACGUCACCUGCGCCUUCGAGCACAGCCUGGAGAUGAAGACCAUCCUGGACGAAGGCGACGAGGUCAAGUUCAAAUCCUACUGCCUGAAGCACAGCAAGCCCAAAGCGGGCGAACCCGGCCUGAGCCCGGCCCGACACAAACCCCCGACGGAGACCGAGAAGGUGGGCCUGCGAGCGCAGAAGCUCCAAGAGCUCGAGGAGGAGUUCUACAAGCUGGUGCAGCCGGACGAGGUGGCGCAGGAGCUGGGGCUGCCUCUGCACCUGCUCGACUUUAUCUACCAGUACUGGAAGCUGAAGAGGAAGAGCAGCUUCAACAAAGCCCUUCUGCCGCCUAAAGAGGAGGAGGAGAACCUGCUGCGGGGGCCGCAGGAGGACAGCAUACACACGCGCAUGCGCAUGUUCAUGCACCUCCGCCAAGACCUGGAGAGGGUGAGGAACCUGUGCUACAUGGUGAGUCGGAGAGAGAAGCUGAAACUGUCUCAGAGUAAAGUCCAGGAGCAGAUCUUCAACCUUCACGUCAAGCUCAUGAACCAGGAACAAGCUGCAGAGCUGCCGGUGUCGUCGAACGUGGAGAACCUGAUCUUCCCGCCUCCUCCCCGGAUAACCAUCAAACUCAAGAUCAAAAGCAAAACCAGCACCAAGUCCGGAAACGGGCCGCUGAGCCCGGAUAACAGCGGCAACGUGUACGACGUGAGCGGCGCCGGGAUGGGGCAGGGCAAACCUCAGCUCCAGCACAGCCGGGCGCCGAGGGAGGAGCGAACCAACGGCGUCGUUCCCGUCGCCAAGCCGACCGGGAAGCCUCUGGCGCUGCACGCCGCCCUGCACGGCCACUCGGCCAAGCCCGAGCCGGACAGACCGCACCAGCAUUCGCUGAAGUCCAACGGCAUCGUGGAGAAGCCUACGGUUCAGAGAAACCCCACGCCGCCCGAACAGGCAGCGUGCGAGAAGCAUUCUGGGAAAGGUCAGCCGUUUCACAAAUCCACAAUGGAGCACUUCAGCAGAACUCUGAAAGAAGCCACAGUCAGCCUGGUACGGACUACUGCGGAUCUCUGGGGCGCCAACAAGAACGGGCAUAAAAACAAAGAGCGGACGAACUGCGGCAAAGCGCCGAGCGCCGAACGAGCACCAAAGAGCGGAAGAGGAGGAUACCAGGAGAGCGACGGGUACUGCCCCGACCUCGAGCUCAGCGAUUCUGAACCCGAAGCCAAAGGCAAGCGACAGAGAGGCGGGGGCAGAGGGUUGAGCGAGAGGACCGCGGCUGGCGGUUACGGCCGCGGAGGAACCCGAGGGAACGUCUCUUUAGGUUCCAGGACUUCCGUGCAAAGGUGAUGAGCUUGCAGGCGCGAAACAAGAACUACCAAACGAAUCUGCUGUAGGUCUGCUAACGUGAAGCGCCGUCGCCUACCACAGGAGGGGAACGGUCUCCGGUCGCGCCGGCCGACGGGUCGAAAAAGUGCCGUGGCGGAUUAUAGAAAGCGGUCUUUACGUCAUAACGGAGCUGCCUUAUAAACUACAGACUGUCUAGCCGUCUAGCAGCGUUUCUGUGUAUAUACUGCUUACGAUUUCUAGGUUGUGUACUGUAAAUAUUAGCUCGUGUGUCAGGAGUGAUGUCGAUUUCCCGCAUCCUUCGAGCAUUCUUAUGGUUAUGCAAAUGAAUAAAGGCAUAAGAACGACAGCGUUUGAGUCUGACGACGUGGAUUUGUGUCUCUCUGAUGUUCACGUUCGCGUUAGCAUGCCUGGCUGAUCCGCGUCCCUUAGCGUUCCUCUCGUUUUUAAAAUCCCCGGUGUCUUGUGAGUAACCGAAACUCGUGUUUUUGAACGUGUACAUGGUAUCGGAUGAGAGUCGAAUGAUUCGUUUUUUAAAAAAAACCAAACUAACGCUCUAUUUUUUACGUGAUCUUUUGUAUCGUGUGUUUGAGACUUUCGCCAGAAUUUAUCUGCCAACGAAAUUAAAACCGUGUUAAAACUAUAACACUGUGUGGCCACCAGGGUGCAGUGUGGGACGUGAUUUCGGCAUUAUAUUAUUGACUACCCUUACGGUUUCGAUCGUUGAGCUCGACUUCCCAAAGUAUCGCAAAGUUUAGAUCUGAGAGAGAGAGAGAGAGAGUUCAGUGUGAUGCUCACUUGAUCCUUUUCGGAAACUAGUUUAUGGGAGCUUAAAUAUAUACCGGACCAAAUCGACGUUUGUCAUAGGAAAGCUGAAAAGAGAUUAAGACUACGUGUCCACUUGCACAUUGUGAGUCAUUUCAAAGCCUUUCUCUGUCUUACCCGUGUGUCGUUCGUGAAGGAGUCGACUCCGAGUCAAAUAUGACCCAGUUUUUAUUCGUUGAUGAAGGUAACAUUUUUGCUCUUCCAGUAUAAAUUAAUUAAAGAUGCUUCCAUGGAAAUCUCUUUUCAACAUCUGAGCUGUUUCUUCGCAGGAGUGAAUUCCUCUUUAAUAACCGCUUUAUCCUGGUCAGGCUUUCAGUAAUUAUUAAAUCAAAUGAAUCUGAUUCCUUCAUCCAUCAAAACUAAGGACGAGUGCCCUUUUUUGGGUCAUGGUUAUGUUUAGAUAUUGCCCUGAAACAUGACUUGCGUCCCCCGUUUCAUGAUUUAUUCAAAAAAGUUUUUGAAAAGUUGCGAACUUCGUAUGGUAAAAUGGCAAGGAGUCAUUUUGUGAGCUGAGCCAAAUGAUUCACUGACUCACUGAAAAGAACUGGACUCCCCAGCCCAUGACUUGUGUACCCAGUGGCGUCAUUUAUUUUAAAAAAGUUCAAAAUAACGCAAAGUUUAUCUGGUUUAAAAUUUUUUAUGUUUUUUUUUUUUAAAAGAUGGUAAUGAGUCAUUUGUUAGCCAAAAGAGUCGAUUCUUAUUGGUGAGCUGAACCAAAUGAUUCACUGACUCACUAAAAAGAACUAUAGAGUUCUUAUCCCAAGAUUUGUGUCCCUUAUGCCAUUAUUUGAUCAAGAAAUGUUCAAAUUAUUACAUAACUUUGACCAGUAAAAAAAAAAAGAGCCAAGUGCGUUAUUUGUCAGCUCAAAGAGUCGACUCUUAUUGGUAAACUAAGCCAAAUGAUUUACUGACUCACUAAGAAAAACUCGAAUUCCCAUCCCACAACUUGCAUCCCUUAUGCCCUCAUUUAGUUUAUAAAACGUUCAAAAUAUCCCAGAUGUCCGGUUAAAAAAAGACGACGAGUCAUUUGUGAACCAGAAGAGUCGACUCUUAUUGGUGAUCUCAUCCAAAUGAUUCACUCGCUCACUAAAAAGAACUAUAACUCGCAUCGCUACUCUCUCCGCCCAGCUUCCUUCUCCCGGAGCCCUCGUCUGAUUGGUUCGACGCGACACGGCGGCCGCGCUCAUUUGCAUAACGUUUUGCAUGAAGAUUUGUUUCGCCAUCGUGCGCCCAUCAUGCACUGCACAAACGUGGCAGAUCUCUCCACUGCAACCGACGGGGUGCGGCACGUGAAAUCGCGAGUGGACACUUACCGUUAAACCGCCAAACCCUGAAAUGCUGCAUAACACAGAACGCAUUGCUUUGUUAUUACAAAGCAGUUACUUACUUCACUCGUAAAAUUGAGGAAGACUGCCAUGAGCUAGGAGACUAGCACGUCCUGUCUGUCGUGUAUGUACUAGACCAGUAGUCUUGCACAAAUGUGUUCUAGAGACACGCGCGAUGUUAAUCGUAUACUUGGACAAAUCACUUACACGGUGCAGUAGAACAGUAAAACGUGUAAUUCCCUGAAUAAAUGGUUUUUUUCUUUCUGAAAUAACGAACCAAUCUUACAUGCUUUUUAGAAUUUUUUUUCUGAACACGUCUCGCGAUAAGUCACAGGAGAAAUAAUCUACACGUCCAGAUUCACGCCAUCGUUGUGUACUGUGUGCUACUGCAGGCAAUAGAGAACACUGUAACAGUGUGCAUGAACUAUGCGUCAUGUUUGGAUACGAGUACGGUCCUUUUGUUCAUUAUUUCUUACCUGAUGCUAUAUAUUGAAAUGGAUUUCUUUUUUUUCUUUUUUUUUUUUUGAAGAUGGAGCCUCUUGCAAUAAACUUUGAAAUGCAAACUGGUUUGUUCUUACGUGUUUUUUUUUUCUCCUUUCUUUUCCCUUUGCAUUAGCGGUAGAACCUGUUCGAUACGAUUCCUUGAGUCACAUAAAAUUAUUAUUAUUAUUAUUAUUAUUAUUAUUUUUUAAAAACCUCCCACCUGAUGUUUCAACACUCGGACGCACCGCUGAGUCUCUUUCACGAGACGGUGUCGCUGUGUCUUCCGCUGCCGAUUCUGCGUUCUGAUUGGUCAGGACGUGUUGAUUUUUAAAUCUCUAUAACGGCAGCUCUGACAGUAGCGCAGGUUCCUAUUAACAUCGACGCACUCGAUCUGAUACGUCGUCGUAGAGCCGACGUUCCGACGUAAACGUGAGGAAUCGUCGAUGCGGCCGAGUUUUUCCUGGGAGGAGACAGUUACUGCACGUUUGUGGAAGGAGUCUCCAGUGUCGGCGCUUUGUAACAGUCAGAGGUAAAACCUCAUCUUCAGGACAGAGGAGUUUACACUUUGUUUCUAUAUUAUUGUUUCUAAUAUCAACGGAUAAUAAAUUAAAAAUGACAAUCAUUUGGUAAUAUGCUGCUGUAUAUGAGGAAUAAAACGGCGUGAAACAGCAUGACACCGAGUGUGUUAUUCCUUACGUAAUGAUCAUCUUCACGCCAAAAACAGACAUCGGUAAUGUAUGAUCUGAAUGCACUGGAGGAACUUUUUAAAUAUUUGUUUCUGGAGUUUGUUUGACUAGUUGUUGCCACAUGAUUUUAAAGUAAACAUGCUGGACUUAUUGGACAUAUUGGACUUGAUGCUGUCUCUAAGAGCACAUCAUGCUCCUAACACACCUAUAGGAUAAUCCAUGACCGAGACGCUGAGGCGGUAAUCAUCCACGUGUGCUUACUAUCUGCUCUUUUAUUGGCAAAAUGUUAUCUCUACAGUAUGUACCUCCGACAGAAAGAGAUCUGAAUUAGGUCAGCGGGAGAAAUAAGUA